AUGGCGGAUUUGAAAAUGCUGACUCAUUUGCGUGGCCAAGCGAAAGCAAAAAUCACACGCAUUCGUAACGUUGUCGAGGCAGCCGCUGGUGCGAGUGUGAUUGAGUAUGAUGCCGCACAGUUAAAAGUGUAUUCGCGAAAUUUGGAAGGACAUUUCCAAGAAUGUGUGGGCCUUCAUCAUCAAAUUGUUGCUAUGUCUCCGGUGGAAAAAAUUGAAGAUCACGAUCAAUGGUACCUCACUUUUGAGGAACAAUAUAACGAGACGUGCAUCCUCGUAGAGAGAAUGGUACAAUCGAUGUGUUCAACCCCAGUGUCCAAUGCUCAACGUGUUGAAUUGCCACCAAUUGAUAACCCUCGCAUUAUCGUCCAGCAGCAACCAUUGAAGGCUCCCAUUCCAACCUUCGAUGGUAAACCCGAACAUUGGCCACGAUUUAAGGCAAUGUUUUGUGACGUCAUGCGAGCUUCCACCGAUUCCGAUUGCAUCAAGCUCUAUCAUCUGGAGCGAUCGUUGGUAGGAGCUGCUGCCGGCAUAAUUGACGCUCGAACUUUGAAUGACAACAAUUAUUCCCAUGCAUGGGAAAUAUUGGAGGAAAGGUUUGAGAAUAAACGAGUAAUCGUGGAUACUCAUAUUCAAGGAUUGCUGAACCUCCAGCAGAUGUGUAGUGAGAACCCAACGGAACUGCGAGAGCUCAUCGAUGAAGUAACUCGACAUGUCGAUGGAUUAGCGGUGCUGAAGGAAGAGUUAGUUGGAGUUUCUGAACGCUUUGUGGUAAAUCUCAUGACUGCAGCUUUAGAUAAAGAAACAAGAAAGAUGUGGGAAGCAUCUGUUCCACACAAAGCAAUUCCGUCCUACGAAGAUACAAUUAAUUUUUUGAAGAAACGUUGUGCCAUCCUCGAACGCUGCGAAAGUGCACCGUAUAGCUGUCCAGCGAGAGCAACCGAUCCAGUAAAGAAGCCCAUCAGCUUGAUUAAAAGUACAGCUACCAUCACUGCGAACAAGGACGCUACCUGCGAACUGUGUGCUGGUGCACACCAUAACUUCAGGUGUGAGGUUCUCCGUGCGAUGUCCGUCCCGCAACGUCAAUCCAAAGUAAGAGAACUGAGAUUGUGUUAUAACUGCCUGCGCAAAGGACAUCAAACCAGCAGCUGCAACUCAACCCGAACCUGCCAACGGUGUCAAGGUAAGCACCACACACUGUUACACCUUGAUAGAUUUCCAAAUGUCAUGUCAGUUGCAUCUACUGACAAUCCCAAUCCCUCUUCCUCUGAUGCUUUGUCCCAACUUGCUACUACCACUUGCUCAGUAAGCGAUACUCCACGCCUUGGAAAUAGUCUGUUAAUGACAGCUGUCGUUAGUGUUUUAGACAGCAAUGGUAAAUUCUAUUCGUGCCGUGCGUUCUUAGAUUGUGGAUCUCAAGCUAAUUUAGUAUCAUCUAGACUCAUCGACACACUGAACAUCCCACGCAUUCCUGCUAAUAUUGAGAUUAUUGGAGCCAACGACAGAAGAUCCACUCUGAAAGAAAUGGUUAAAAUUGAAAUACGAUCUAUGCACAGCAACUUCCUAGCUCAUUUGGAUUGUCUUGUAACAAAUAAAAUAACGGGUGUGAUACCUUCUCGUAAAUUCGAUACACGAGUUUGGCCCAUGCCUUCCGGAUUGCCUCUUGCUGAUCCAACAUUUCACACUCCCGGUGAGGUAGACCUCUUGAUCGGAAUCAAUUUGUUUUUCAAACUUUUGAUGCCAGGUCAGUUGCAAUUAUCUGAUGAACUUCCUAUUCUUCAAGAGACUCGCUUGGGCUGGAUUGUUGCUGGUUCUAUUGAUGAGGUCAAUCAAUCUCAGAGCAUACAUCAAUAUUGUGUAGUGUCUUCGGAACCACUUUCCAAAUCUUUGGAAAGGUUUUGGUCCUUAGAAGCUGUUGAAUCACCUCCAGCACUGACAAAUGAAGAGAAAGAAUGCGAAGAAAUUUAUUGUUCCACUACGCGGCGUAACACUGAAGGCCGUUACAUCGUACAGUUGCCUCUGAAGGAUUCAGUAUCUAAGUUGAACAAUAAUCGCUCCCUUGCUCUUCGUCGAUUUCUCAUGCUUGAACAAAGAUUUAAGAAAAAUCCAGAGAUGAAACAACAAUAUGUCCAAUUCAUUGAUGAAUACAAAGCUCUCGGCCAUUGUAAGCAAAUAUCUGAGUUUGGAGAUACUCCAGAAACGCUAACGUACUAUCUUCCACAUCAUGCAGUGCUCAAACCGACGAGCUCGUCUACUAAACUUAGAGUAGUAUUCGAUGCUUCAGCCAAAUAUUCAGGUCUUUCACUCAAUGAGAUCUUGAUGACAGGUCCGAUCAUCCAAGAUGAUCUUUUCUCGAUCCUUUUGAGAUUCCGUAGGCAUCGUUACGCCUGUACUGCAGAUAUUUCAAAGAUGUAUCGGCAAAUAAGUGUUGACAGUAAUCAAACGUCGUUACAAAGAAUCUUUUGGAGGAAAGAGCCAUCAGAUCCAUUAGAGGUUCUUGAAUUGACAACCGUUACUUAUGGGACCUCUAGUGCUCCAUUUCUCGCCAUCCGAACACUCCAUCAGUUAGCAUCAGACGAAUUAGAACGUUUUCCCACCGCUGCGAGAAUUGUGAAUGAACAUUUUUACGUGGAUGAUGCUCUUUUUGGUGCUGAUACUAUCGAGGAUGCUAUUCAGUACCGUACAGAAUUGACCAAACUAUUGAACUGUGGAGGAUUCCCGAUUCAUAAAUGGUGUGCUAACGAAGAAGCUAUAAUACAAUCAAUACCGGAUGAAGAAAGAGAGAAAUAUCUUACAUUUAAAGACGCAGAUAUCAACCAGUCAAUUAAAACGCUAGGAUUACUAUGGGAUCCAAAGAACGAUGUAUUUAUGUUCCUCGCCAAGUCCGUUUGUUCCUUAGUUGAUCCACCUACAAAAAGACGUGUGCUUUCUGAAAUAGCAAAGCUGUUUGACCCCCUCGGCCUGUUGUCGCCGAUAAUUAUGAUAGCCAAGGUUAUAAUGCAGCAGAUAUGGUUAAGUCGUUUGCAUUGGGAUGACAUGAUAGAUGGGAAACUACUUCAAGAUUGGCAUAAGUUCCGUGAAUCUCUGCAUCAAUUGCAUCAAAUAAAAAUUCCUCGAUAUGUGGGCGUACUUGCAGGAAAUAUCUAUGAAAUUCAUGGUUUUGCGGAUGCAUCCAAUCUUGCAUACGGCGCAUGUAUCUACAUUCGGGCAGUGUCCAUUGAAAGUGUAAAGGUUUCUCUGCUAUGUAGCAAAUCGAAGAUAGCUCCACUUAAGGGUCUUACAAUACCAAGAAUGGAACUUUGUGCGGUACUUUUGCUUUCUCGGCUGUCUUCUAAGGUUAUCCCCGCUCUCAAAAUGGAGUUUAAUCAGAUUACAUAUUAUUCAGACAGUCAAAUCGUCCUUGCUUGGCUGAAAAAACCACCGAAUCAGUUGAAUUUAUUUGUUCGGAACCGCAUCAUGGAGAUUACCAACCAGACACAAAACGCGCAAUGGAAGUUCAUCCGAACAGAACAUAAUCCCGCAGAUGUGGUAUCGCGUGGACAGUUGCCCUCAACAUUAGCCAACAAUCAAUUGUGGUGGAAUGGACCGCCUUUUCUUCAGAAUCACGAGUACCACAUUGAAGAACCCGAUCGCUUCCCAGAUGAUAAACUACCAGAAUGGAAGUCUGCCCUGGUAUCCACAGCACUUGUUUGCCCAGAUAUCCUCCAGAUCAUGACUGAUAUAAGCUCCUUCAGAAAAUUACAAAGAAUUGUUGGUUACGUUAUGAGAUUUUUUCACAACUCGAAGUCACCCAGAUCCGAACGAAUCCAUUGCCAAUUUCUUACAAUUCCUGAGUUGAAACAUUCGAUGCAAGUUAUUGUAAGAUAUAUACAACACACGUAUCUAAUCAAUGAAAUUAAUGCUUUGAGAUCUGGAGAACCUACCCGAAGGCUUAUUGGUCUUAGUCCUAUCCUAAAUAAUGAUCUUUUGAGAGUUGGAGGUAGAUUACAAAAUUCUUUGUUGCCAUACGAGGCUAAACACCAGCUUGUGCUACCUGACAAAAACACCAUUACGGAGUCUCUCAUACGAGCUCUACACGAAGAAAAUUUGCAUGUUGGUCCAUCGGGCUUGAUUUCCAUAAUUCGUCAAAGAUUCUGGCUCCUCAAUGCUCGAAACACCGUAAGAAAGGUAAUAAGAUCAUGUGUUGUUUGCUUUCGAGCGAAUCCACAACUGGUACAGCCAACUAUGGGUAACUUACCCGAAGCCCGAGUUGUUCCUGCCGCUCCUUUCGCCAAAACAGGUUUGGAUUUUGCUGGUCCAGUUUUCAUACGUCAAGGAAUACGGAAAACAGUAAUCAGAAAGGCUUAUAUAUCUCUGUUCAUUUGCAUGACCACCAAGGCUAUUCAUUUUGAGCUCGUGUCAGAUUUAUCCUCAGCUGCAUUCAUAGCAGCGCUGCACCGUUUUGUCGCGCGACGUGGUCUCAUUGAAGAGCUGCACUCCGAUCACGGAACCAAUUUUGUCGGCGCUAAAUCUGAACUGCACGAAUUAUACCUCAUGUUCAAGGAAGACCAGAUGCGGUAUAAAUUGAAUGAUUUCCUUCAACCACGAGAGAUAACAUGGAAGUUCAUCCCACCCCGUGCCCCAAAUUUUGGAGGGUUAUGGGAGGCCGGUGUAAAGAGUACCAAAACACAUCUCAAGAAAAUUCUCGGUGGCGCAUCCUUGACUUUCGAAGAGUACUACACAGUUCUGACUCAGAUUGAGGCGAUCCUUAAUUCCCGCCCUUUAUUUGCUCAUUCCACUGAUCCCACAGAACCAGAAGCGAUCACGCCCGCUCAUUUCCUCGUGGGGCGUCCACUAACAGCCAUUCCAGAACCUAUUCUAGAAGAAAUACCAAUCAAUCGUUUAACACGAUGGCAACAUCUACAGCAAUUGAGAGAUCAUUUUUGGCGACGUUGGUCCAAAGAAUAUUUGAAUACGUUACAGUCUCGACAAAAGUGGACUAAGGCAUCGAAGAAUGUAACCCCGGGAGUUGUAGUAUUACUAAAAGAAGACAAUUUACCACCACAAUCAUGGAGACUAGGAAAAAUCGUGAAUGUAUAUCCAGGAAUUGAUUCUACCGUCAGAGUGGUUGAUGUCCAAACAUCAACAGGUUUAUACCGUCGUCCUGUUUCAAAACUGGCACCGCUUCCAAUUGAAACAAAUUUGUCCAACGCAUCUUAG